CUGUUGAGGAUUCCCCAAUAUGGCGACAGACAGAUUUUAGUUUUUGUCUUAUUUUACCAAUAUUCGCAUUACCUUGAUGUCUGGAGGAUAGCUGGGAGGAUAACUACCAUGCCAUUGCUCAGCAAUAUACAUAAGGGUCUUCAAAAGCCAGGAGAUGAUAUCGCCAUGGUUACUGGAGACUAUUACUACUAUCACUAUGGUUGUGAUGGUUUUGAUGAUCGGGGUUGGGGUUGUGGGUAUAGAACUCUUCAAACACUCUGUUCCUGGAUACGACUCACACGAGACAAGAAAGGAGAAUCCAAUGAUGUCGUAGUAGAGGUUCCUAGUCUGAGGGCUAUACAGGAGUGUCUUGUGAAGAUCGGGGAUAAACCACGGCAGUUUCUAGGCUCCCGAGACUGGAUUGGUUCUUUUGAAGUUGCUAUGUGUUUGGAUGAAUUAUAUCAGGUGCCCUGUAAGCUGCUCCAUAUCUCUAGUGGUGAUAACCUGAGGGAACAUGUACAGGAAAUCAAGAAUCAUUUUAAAACUAAGGGAUCACCAAUCAUGAUGGGUGGCGACAGUGAUGCCUCAUCCAAGGGAAUACUUGGGAUCUGCGGUGAUGAGAAUAAUGAGCAUCAUCUCCUUAUACUGGAUCCACAUUACCACAUAAAGGAUGGAGAAGAUUCAACUAGUGCAAAGCAAUUACAAGCAGACAAUUGGAUAUCAUGGAGACCCCUUAGCACAUUCCUUACAAACUCAUUUUACAAUCUAUGCCUUCCACAAUUAUCAGCAAACAGCUGAUGGUGGGGGAACCACAGAUAAUAGAUUAGAUAUACAGGGUGAAACCACCAAGAGGGGGUUCACUAUGAUUUCGCACAACAGACUUAAUAAAUGAAAACAACAGGCAAAAUUAAUGGAUUCAUAAAUUUAACAUGGAAAAGUUGGAAAGUCCCUAAACAACAAGUGAUUUUGUGAAAACAACCGGUGAAAAUCAAAUCACUUGUUGCCUCCUG